UUGCAGGUGUUUCGUGCUAGUACACCACAAGAAGCCAUCGAUCUUAUCUCGACGAUCAUCGAAUACACGCCAAGCGCAAGGCCUUCACCUCAACAAGCAUGUUUACAUGCGUUUUUCGAUGAACUACGAAUGCCAGAUACGAAGCUUCCGUCUGGUCGUCCACUACCUCCUUUAGAGAUGGAUGGUGAUGACAAUCGCACGGGUCAUGUCGGACAUGACUCUGCGGCUGAGCAAAGCUAG